CCCUCAUUUCUCUCUAUCUCUCGUUCAAUCAAUCUCUCUUCUCUGCAACCCCCCCAACCAAAUCCAUAAUUUUGCAGCUUUUGUUUGUUUUUGAUACCCAUCACGAAUUUACGAUCAAUCUCAUCUUAAUGUGGACGCCAUGGAAGAAAAACAACCCAACAAGAAUUCACAAUUCUUCACCAGACUUCUUAUGUUCAUCAUUCAAAGACAUACAAAAUCUAUGUAAAGAAGAAGAACCGUCAUCACAAGAAAAGGGCACCAAAGUCCCGAAGAAAGUAUUUCACCGUGUACGCAUCGCAACAUCCGUAUUACGUAGUUGGAAUUCAUGGAACUCAUUUUCACAGCAACCCAAUUCUCCAUUCUUAGAACCAUUAAAUAUAUCACUCCCCGGUUCGGAGAAACGUAUAGUUGUUUAUUUCACAAGUUUACGUGUAGUUCGUAAGACGUUCGAAGAUUGUCGAACGGUUCGUUCGAUUCUACGUGGAUUUCGUGUUUUUGUAGACGAACGAGACUUGUCAAUGGAUUCUGGCUUCUUAGAAGAAUUGCAGGAGAUAUUAGGAUCUAAGGUGCAAGUUACAUUGCCUAGGGUGUUUAUUGGAGGCAGAUAUUACGGUGGUGCUGAAGAUAUUAGACAACUGCAUGAAACUGGAGAAUUAAAGAAGUUGAUUGAAGGUUUUCCUAAGGUGGAACCAGGCGUAUGUGAAGAUUGUGGUGGGUAUCGAUUUCAUCUCUGUGAUCAAUGUAAUGGUAGCCGUAAGAUAUAUCUUGAGAAAGGUGGAGGGUUUAAAACUUGUUUGAGUUGCAAUGAGAAUGGGUUAACUAGGUGUCCUACCUGUGCAUCUUUAGAAGAGUGAUGCUUAGAAUCACAAAAAUCAAAAUGGUAACACUUUCUAAUUACCAGAGUUACUUUUUUUUUUUGUUAAUUCUUUCCAAUGUAAUUUUUCGUUUGAUUACCUUAAAUACAAUUUCUUUUAUCUCA